UUAAAGGGAAAGAACUGAGAGAAUCGCGAAAAAAUCAGCGUUCAGCACAUAGAGAACUUAAAAUAAUUAAUUAAACUAUCUCAGAUAUGAUAAAACUAUAAAGAAAAGCGACAAAAAGGUGUGUAAAGUGCUAAAAUAAUCGUACAAGUGUGAAAACUGUUCAAAUAUUGUCGAUAUAAAGAGCUCAAGAAAAUUGGGGAGUGUGAAAAGUGAGAAAAAAAAGCCGAAAAUUUUCAGAAAUCCAGCUUGAUUAUUUAAGCACUUUUUAAAGGAUUUAACCAUUAGAAGUUAUCUAAUUAGGAUUACCAAUUCAUUUUGGACAGGUGAAAAUGAAUGAAUUGGACGCCUUAAGACAAGAAGCUGAAACAUUAAAAAAUGCUAUUCGUGAUGCACGAAAAGCAGCGUGCGACACCAGUCUGGUGCAGGCAACGAAUAAUUUGGAACCAAUCGGCCGCAUUCAGAUGCGUACAAGACGCACAUUGCGAGGUCAUUUAGCCAAAAUUUAUGCUAUGCACUGGGGCAGUGAUUCAAGAAAUUUAGUGUCAGCAUCUCAAGAUGGUAAAUUGAUUGUUUGGGAUUCACACACAACAAACAAGGUACACGCAAUACCUUUACGUAGUUCUUGGGUCAUGACAUGCGCGUAUGCUCCAUCAGGCAGUUUCGUUGCAUGUGGCGGUUUGGAUAAUAUCUGUUCAAUAUAUAGCUUAAAGACUAGAGAAGGAAAUGUGCGUGUAUCACGUGAACUGCCUGGCCACACCGGCUACUUAUCUUGUUGUCGAUUCUUGGAUGAUAAUCAGAUAGUAACAAGUUCUGGAGAUAUGUCAUGCGGUUUAUGGGAUAUCGAAACAGGCCAACAAUGCACAUCAUUUUUGGGUCAUACUGGUGAUGUAAUGGCAUUGUCACUGUCACCGCAUUGUAGAGCAUUCGUUUCAGGAGCAUGCGAUGCUUCAGCCAAAUUAUGGGAUAUUCGGGAAGGUCAAUGCAAGCAAACCUUUCCAGGUCAUGAAAGUGAUAUUAAUGCAGUUACAUUCUUUCCCAAUGGCAAUGCAUUUGCAACUGGCUCUGAUGACGCCACUUGCCGUCUCUUUGAUAUCCGUGCUGAUCAAGAAUUGGCUAUGUAUUCACAUGAUAACAUCAUUUGCGGUAUCACAUCAGUUGCAUUUUCAAAAUCAGGACGUCUCUUGUUAGCAGGCUAUGACGAUUUCAAUUGCAAUGUAUGGGAUACAAUGAAGGCCGAACGGGCUGGUAUCUUGGCUGGUCACGAUAAUCGCGUAUCAUGUCUAGGCGUCACUGAGAAUGGCAUGGCUGUAGCGACAGGCUCGUGGGAUUCCUUUUUACGUGUAUGGAACUAAUUUAAUUA